ACCCUCUCUCCACUCCCUCAGGUCCCCAUUCUCUCUGUCUCCCUCUCCACCCUCUCUCCACACCCUCAGGUCCCCAUCCUCUCUGUCUCCCUCUCCACCCUCUCCCCACUCCCUGAAGUCUCAGUCAUCGCCGUCACCACCAGAGCCCUUUUCGUCCGUCUUGCCGUACUCUCAGUCACCUAGGAAACGAUUAUCCAGCAGGUCACAAAAUACCAAGUCACCUAGUGACCCUUUCUCUCCCGUGUCACCAGGAAGUCCUGUGUCCUACAGGUCACCUCCAAAACCGUUAUCCACCAUGUCAACGCCAUCACCUCCAGAUGCUCUGUCCUCUAGGAAGGUGUCGAUUCCAUCACAAGAGGAACCCCUAUCCACCCAGUCAGCCAUGUCAUCCCACCCCUCUCCUUCUCUUUCCCUGAUGAGUGACCCACCACCACACUCCUCUGACACACUGACAAACUACAGCUCCCAGCAGACACCACGAGGGCUCUCAGGGUCAGGGAUCAGAAAGUCACACAGUCCAGCUCUCUUUCCCAGGAUGCCUGCAACAGAUGUUGACACAGAGUCAUCCAGUGACAGCCCGGGCCUGACGCCCUGCGAAGAAGACUCCUCAGACGAGGAGAUGAAGAUGGAUGGAUGUUUAGAGGAGUGGGGGGGUAGUGCGGAGCACAGAUGCUCUACAUUCCUCUCUCCCACCCUUCUCCCAGAGGGUUCCCCUGUCUUCCUAACUGCCCUGGACCCAGAACCAGAGACAGGAGAGCUGGUCCCAGAACCAUCCAUGGCGCUGCGUGCUGUGGCCCAGAGAGUGCCGUCCGAGGCGCAGAGCUUCUGUGGUCUUGAGGGCUUCCUCAUCCUGAUGGACCUCGGUUCUCCACAGCCCAGCCCACGUCCCACACAUUCUCACCCAGACACACAGGACAGCGUACACACACUCACAACAGGGGCAGACAGCUGGAUGCCCUGUAGCAGCUUCAGAGGCUGUGCUGAGGAACACCUGGUUACCACGGUGAUGAUGAACAGCCUCAGUCACGUAGCCACACCCACCCAGAGAGGAGCAUCCUCUGGUCAGGGGCUGUAUACAUCUGGUAGAUCUACUCCAAGGCGGUCCUCCCGUCCUACCAGUGCUCUGUCUCGCCCUGUCUCUGGCACCAUGUCCCAUCCCGUGUCCCGUCCUCUGUCUCGGGCGGCUAAGGAGAUCCUGGACAUCUGUCUCGUGGACCAGACCGGCUGUGAGGACCCUGACCUGGAGCAGGACAUAGACACACGGGCUCUCAGCAGCCUGGUGGAGGAGUUCAGAGUGAUGGCUACAGAAUGUCUCCCAGGUUCAGAACUGUCCCAGGUGUCCACCUCUGCGGGGGGCGGAGCUGAAACAGAGGGGCGUGUCAGGAGGCGGGGCUCCCUCCGACUCGGAGCCAGCAAGUGUUAUUCAGACGAGGAGGAGGAGACUCUGAGAGACCAGCAGAGUGUCCUGUCACUUCCCUGACCCAUUACACUCUCAACAUGGUAACUCUCAGGAGACACUCUCAACAUGGUAACACUCAGGAGACACUGUCAACAUGGUAACUCUCAGGAGACACUCUCAACAUGGUAACUCUCAGGAGACACUGUCAACAUGGUAACUCUCAGGAGACACUCUCAACAUGGUAACUCUCAGGAGACACUGUCAACAUGGUAACUCUCAGGAGACACUGUCAACAUGGUAACUCUCAGGAGACACUCUCAACAUGGUAACUCUUAGGAGACACUCUCAACAUGGUAACACACACACACACACAAACACACACACUCAACAUGGUAACACACACACACACACACUCAACAUGGUAAAACACACACACACAACACACUCAACAUGGUAAAACACACACACAGGUCUACACUGCUUCUCUACUGGACACCAACGCCAUACUUUUAUUUUACGGAUCACAGAAGAACAACAUAAAGACAUGCGUUCCUGUAGUACUGUGGUGCUGUAGUACUGUGGUACUGUGGUGCUGUGGUACUGUGGUGCUGUAGUACUGUGGUGCUGUAGUACUGUGGUGCUGUAGUACUGUGGUGCUGUGGUGCUGU